AACAACAACUUCACUCCUAUCAAACUGAACAUAAAUAACUCCAUAACAUUAUACUUACAUCUUGAAUAUUUGACAGACAAGGAUAUAGUCUGACUAAGCUGAUACUGGGUUGUACAUUACAUGUGACCUUAUUGUGCUAUUGAAACCAUAGUACAGAUAUUGAAGCAUCCAUCUUCUUGAUUAUAAUUGUCAAUAGGCAAAACACAAGUUCUUGGACAAAUGAAAGAGCCAAAAAAGGGGAUUGACAUGUUCUUAAAUGGUGAUGCAUGAAAAAGAAGGAAGGUCACAUACUUUAAAAGUGUGGGGCAUAAAAAUGGAAGGGUGAUGGAGAUAAAGACGUUUUUUGCCUUUCACUCCUUUGAGCUUGCUUACCUAGCAGUGUUAGCAGUCCUGCCUUUUAUUGCUGCAAUUAGGAUUGUGGCAACUACAUUGAUAGGGGCUGGACUAUUCCUAGGCUUUAUUACGCUGCUAAGAAAGCUGACUUACAAAACCAUUGACAUAGAUGGACAGGCUGUGGUGAUAUCUGGCUGUGAUACAGGUUUCGGCCAUGCUCUGGCCAAGCGCCUGGAGGGUCUAGGAUUCACAGUGAUUGCUGGUUGCCUAGAUGACAAGAGUGAAGGUGCAGAGGUUCUGAAAUCAUGGAGUAACACUGGAAGGAUUCAUGUUGUGCUGUUAGACGUCUGCAGUGACACAUCGGUCCAAAAUCUUGUGGAAUAUGCAAAGAAAAAUAGUCCCAAAGGAGUGUGGGCCCUGGUGAACAAUGCGGCCGUGAACUUCCUGGGAGAGCUGGAGCUGUGCACCAUGCAGCAGUUCAAGGACAUCGCGGAGGUCAAUCAGUUUGGGGUCAUCAGGAUGACCAAGGCAUUUCUUCCCCUGCUGAGGAAAUCUAAAGGCCGAGUUGUGAAUGUAACUAGUGCAAAAGGCCGUAUCAGCCUGCCAAGGAACUCUGUGUACGGAGCCACCAAAUAUGCCAUUGAGGCCUUCUCAGACGUCCUGCGUCUGGAGAUGAGGAAGUUUGGAGUAAAAGUCAGCAUCAUCGAACCUGGCGACUUCGGGGGUACCACGGGCAUGUUAAGCACUAAAUCGCUAGCAUGGUUGAAAGAUCAGCUGGAUCUAAUGUGGAAGAGCGCGGAGGAGGAAGUGAGGGGGGCAUACGGCAAGGAGUACUGUGAUGCCAUCUACACCGGUACUCUGGGUGCUGCCAAGGAUGCAGCCAAGUCCAUAAUGCCUGUGAUAGACGCCAUGGAGGAUGCCAUAGUCAGCACAGGACCCCGGCUACGCUACCUGGUCGAUGGCAGCAGUAAACUCAUCGAUAUGAAUCACUGGUUGAUUCGUAUUGGCUGGUUCAUACCAGAGAGCUGGAUAGAUGCUAUAGUAGACUUCAAGGACAACAGAGGUCUACCAAAGGUUGCUGCUGCCCAUUAGAGCAGGACCUUAAUUUAAUUGUCAGCAAUCAAAAUUUAAGCCUGUUUCAGCGAUACUUUAUGUAUUAUGUUAUGUAAUGUAUUAAAAUCAAGACAUUGCCUCUGCCUUUUUCAGUGUUCUACUACUAUCAAUUGAUUGGCGUAUUUAAGACAGACAUUAUAGUUUUGAAGAAGUCAGUUACCCCUAGUCAUAGUCCAAAGUUGACAAUAUUUAACCGAGUAGUUCACUUAAACUAAGUUUAUACAGAGUUAUAAUGUACAGUUGAACCCCUCUAAACUGCAAGCUCUCUGGACCAUGGACAUUUUUUAAAUGGGAUUCUGGUUUAAAUGGGGAAAGAUAAGUGAUAUGCAGAAGGUUAAAUAUAUACUGGAAACCGGACUAUAUGUCUUGAUGUUCAUUUUUUUUGUAACUCUGACAUUGACAAACAAUUGCUCCUUUUUAUGAAUGUUUUUGUACAGUAUCAAUUGGGAUGAUGAUAUACCUAUUGAUGCAUUAUAAAUGUAAACUAUUUUUUAAAUAAUAUUAAUUUAUUUUCAGUCAGUUAUACAACAACUUUUAUGAGAAGCAUUCCACGAACUCAUAUUCAUAUACAACAUAUUCCAUAGUCUGUAGACCAACAAGUUUUAUACUUGUAUAUCGUUACAUUUACAUGGUGAAACUGUUACAAAUGUUUUGAAGUAUACAAUUGUUAUAUGUAUAAUUGCAUAAGUGAGUGAGUAAUAAAAAGCAUUUUAAUUUUA